AUGGCGCAAGUGGUGAUUCUCCUGCUGCAGAACACGGUCACACUUUGCCAUGCGCAUCUGCGGCACAUUCUGAGGCGCAGAAGGGCUGCCCAGCUGAUUUUCCACAGCGAAAGAUUGGGUGCAGCUUCACGUAGGUCAACUAUGCGAGGGAUCCGUCUGCGGCAGCGAUGGUAUGUGCUGGCGGACACCAGAGAGCACAGAGACUGCUGGGUAUACCCCCGGAGCCAGGACUGGUGGGAGCGCAUAGCCCUGCGUGUAUGGGACGACACCCAUUGGAUUCAGUGUUUCCGGAUGACCAGGGGGACCUUCAAUGAGCUGGUGGAUGCCCUGAGGCCGACCCUGGCACGCCAGUCCACCAACAUGCGUGAGCCCGUGUCCGUGGAGAAGAGGGUGGCGGUGACGUUGUGGUGCCUUGCCACUGGGGCAUGCUACCGCGUUGCAGCGGAUCACUUCGGCCUGGGGCUGUCCACCGUUUCAGAUGCUGUGCUGGAGAUAAUGGAUGGGUUUGCAGCGCUGGGGUUCCCUCAUUGUGUUGGGGCGAUUGAUGGCACUCACAUCCGCAUCGGUCAGCCCCGUGGGAAGCCGGACCAAUAUGGUAACCGAAAGAACUACUCCUCCAUCUUGCUGCAGGGUACAGUCGAUCACACCGGCCGUUUUGUCGAUGCAGAGGUGGGUUGGAGUGGCAAGAACCACGAUGCCUUCGUCUUCCGCAACUCGGCUCUCUGUGCUGCAAUGGACAAUGGGGCUUUUGUGCCUGGGAAUCCCUCCCUGACAGUGAAUGGUGUUUCAGUGCCACCGCUGAUGAUCUCGGAUGGUGCUUAUCCAAUGCGCCGGUGGUUGAUGAAGCCGUAUGGAAAAUUUGCUGUCACACCACAACAGAAAUACUUCGACCGCUGCCUGGCACGGGCCAGGAACCGGGUGGAAUGCAGUUUUGGUCAUCUGAAGGGACGCUGGCAGUGCCUCCUCCAUCGGCUGAAGGCCAGAGAGGAGAACGUGGUGACCAUUGUUACCGCGUGUGUGAUCCUGCACAACUUGUGCGAGGCCAAAGGACAUGCAGUGCUCGGGUCACUGACGGAUCCCACGCCCUUGACAAUGCCUGGGGAUGGACUGGAGUAUGGGGAGAACGACAGGGGGAUGCUUGAUGAGGGGAAGAGGGUUCGUGACGCGAUGGCUGAAUUCAUGUAUUCAAGAUGCGGACGGUGA